GGAAGAUGGACGUCAACCAAUCAGAUUACGAGAUAAACGACACUUACCUUGACUAUGACUACGUGGGACCGUGUUCGCACCAGAACAACCAGAGCGUGGAGAAGGUGAUGGGCCCGUACGUGCACUCCAUCAUCUGCAUCCUGGGCCUGGUGGGGAACUGCCUUGUGAUCGUCACCUAUGCCUUUUACAAGAGGACCAAGUCCAUGACGGACGUCUACCUGCUCAACGUCGCCAUCGCUGACCUGCUGUUUGUGGCGGCGCUGCCUCUCAUCGUCUACAAUGAGCUGUCGUCGUGGUCGAUGGGGCCGUUGGCGUGCAAGCUGCUGCGCGGCUCCUACAGCGUCAACCUGUACAGCGGCAUGCUGCUGCUCGCCUGCAUCAGCACCGACCGCUACAUCGCCAUCGUGCAGGCCCGCCGCAGCUUCCGGCUGCGCUCGCUGCCGUACAGCCGCGUCAUCUGCGCCAUCGUCUGGGCCGCCGCCCUGCUGCUGUCCGUCCCCACCUUCUACUUCUACAACUGGUACGAGCCGUCCCACAUGAAGGACGCCUUCCUGUUCGAGGAGGAGGAGGAGGGGACGCCCACGCCGCCGCAGUACGUCUGCGAGUUCAGGUUCAUGGACAACAGCACGGCGUGGAGGACCAAGGUGGCGGUCCCCAGCACGCAGCUGGCCGUGGGCUUCUUCCUGCCACUGCUCGUCAUGGUCUUCUGCUACACUGCCGUCAUCAUCACGCUGAUGAAGGCCAAAAACUUCCAGCGACACAAGGCGGUGCGGGUGGUGCUGGCAGUGGUGGCGGUAUUCAUCGUUUGCCACCUGCCCUACAACAUCACACUGCUCUACGAAACCGCCACCAUGUUCCAGCUGCAUACGUGCGAGGAGUCCGAUGUCUUGCAGUUGGUGAAGACGGUGACGCAGACCGUCGCCUACCUGCACUGCUGCCUGAACCCGGUGCUGUACGCCUUCGUUGGCGUGAAGUUCAGAAACCACUUCAGGAGGAUCGUCCAGGACCUGUGGUGUCUGGGGAAGAGGUACAUUGCCCCACGGCGCUUCUCCAGGGUCACCACCGAGUUCUUCGUGUCCAGCCGACGCUCAGUGGACGGGUCCAGCGAGAACGGUUCGUCUUUCACCAUGUGAGGACACCCAGCGUGUUCAGCCAUGGACCAGAAACUUCCCUCGUAAACCCCCAAAAAUGUCUGGAGCCGAGGCGGCCGGUCUCUGAACCGGACUCGUUCUGUCGUUGCUUCGGUCACACGAUGAGUCUGACGCCGUCAAAAUGAUUUAAAACAUCACUGUUUUAAAAAAACAUCACAAGUUGUCUUUCUUCUCUUUAAUGUUUUUACAAUGAAAUCCUGCAGAGACUUAAGAAAUGUUUAAAUGAAACGUGAGAGACGAAGACGAGGACGUAACAUUGCUUCAACGAGUCCAAAAACAAACGAGUCCAAGGUCACCAAAUUUACUCCAAUUUAUCAACCAGCUGGUUUCCAUAGCAACUGCAGCGCCGCCUGCUAGCUCCUCGAGACUCCUCCGACUGAUGUUCAAGGACAUGUGGUGUCAGGUCAGAGGUCAGAGAUCAGAGGUCAGGGUGUUCGUUUAGGAUUCGGAACCUUUUUGGUUACGUUCAGGAAAGAUGGUGGUUUUUGGUUCAGUUCAGAAGGCAGGGUCCUGGAAACCCUGGAAAUGACAUGGAAUUAGUGAAUCCUUGACAAUUUUACAAAAGUUAUUUAUAUAUAUAAACUGGGAACCAAAUUCCUGUGCUUUAGUUCCCUGAUACACUGCAGUCCUGUGAAUUGCUUCUCACUUAUUUUAGUUCCCUAAUACCAGCGCUAAUUUUUGUUUCUUAAAGCUUCUCACUUGUUGUAGUUCCCUAAAGCCCUGUGCUGAUUUCAGUUCCUAAUGCUUCUCUCUUACUUUAGUUCCCUAUUGCCUUGUGCUUCUUUUAGUUCCCAAAUGCUUAUCUUUUAUUUUAGUUCCCUAAAGCCCCGUGCUAAUUUUAGUUCCCAAAUUCUUAUCUCUUGUUUUAGUUACAUAAUACCCUUUAGUAAUUUUGGUUUCUGAAUGUUUUUAUUAUUUUGGUUCCCCAAUGUGCUGUACUAAUUUUAGUUCCCUAAAGCCCUGUGCUAAUUUUGUUUCCUGAAUGCUUUUCUCAUAUUUUAGUUCCCUAAUGCGCUGUGCCAAAUUUAGUUCCUCGUGCUUCCAGUCAUUAUUAAUUUAUUGUUAAACUGAAGGACGACCUCCAUCUUUCCUGAACUCGAGCUGUGAUACAUUUUUUUGAAAAACAAUAUCUUCGAAAUUUAAUUUAAACAAACAAGGAAGUAGAAAAAGGACUCGGUGAAGACGGAAGCAUGCAGACCUUCAAAAUAAAACAGAAUAUACAAACUUUUCUUUAGAAGAUAAAUAUUGAAACAGUAGAUUUUAGUUCCAGUAUUUUUGGGAUUUAUUUUCUGUCGGAUUUUCGUCUCCAGCUGUGAUUUGCUGCGACGCUGCAGCAGCUUUUCUCUCUUCAAACUUCAUCAGAUGAGUUUCGGGAUUAAAAACUGCUGAGAGGUUUUUUUUGUUUUUUUUAACUGAAGAUCAGCCGGUUUUGGAUUUAAUUAAGAUUUAAAACGUCCCACUGAACUCUCAGUGACCCGCAGUGAAACUUUCAUCUUCUUAUUUCUGACUUAACGGUUUGACUUCCUCUUUAGUUUGUUUCUUCGUCCUGUAAAACUUCAGUUAUUUCUGUUUAUUUUUGUAACGUGGAAAAACUUUACAGAAUAAAUGUUUGUUUUUUUAAUUA